AAUCAGUCCCAAAUCCACAGCAGUGGAUCGACAUUCAAGCUAUGAAUCUACUGCCAAUCCUUGUGCUGCUGGCACUGCUGCCCAGCUGCCUCUUGCAGGCGAGAAAUGCCAAAAGAUACGUCAAAAGAAGAAGGCUAAAGACCACAACGCAGAGCACAACCGAAGAAGACAGCAGCUCGUAUCCUCCCUUCACCAGCCAGCCCACAGAGCCGGAGCCCGUGGAUGUUUCGGAUAUGAGCGAUGGGGAAGUGGCGGGAGUUGUGAAGGAUCUUUGCGAUGAUCGUUCCUAUGGCUGCUUUAUGAACAUUGUGGCCGAACUGCGACGCGAUUGCUACAAGUUCCUCGAGUCGCUCAUCAGCUGCGAGGAGCCAGAGGAGCCGAAGGACCCAACAGCCACGAGCACCAGCACAAAGCGCUCAACAAAAUUCAAGAGAGGCGGCUACAAAAUGGUCAAGCAAGUCAUGUGGAACGUCAUCAAGAGAACCAAGGCCGUGGACGCCUGCGACACGCCCUUUGGCUUCUUUCCCUAUCCCGACUGCCUCGCGGAGUUGGUGCCACAAAUGAGCGACCUGAUCAACGCCGUCAAGGAGGUGGUGCCGAACGCCGUGCUGAUCGUCUUUGGCGAUGAGCCCGCGUGCGUGAGGAGAGCGUUCUAUAACGUCAUUUGCAUGGCGCUGCUAACGCCGGGCAAUAUUUUCUACUGCAGCAUCAAGGGGAUGUUUGGGAAUUGAAGAUGAAGUCAAAAAGGAACAAAGAGCCGCAGGUGUGAAGUGCAUUUAAUGCCAAAUAAA